UAACCAGUCCGAGCGCAUAUCUUUUUACUUAUCGUGUUUCGACUUCGAAGUGUAUACAGAAAGAGACAAUUCGAAGGAUUCUGCUUCGCAACACGGAAGCCAGUUGUCUAGUGACUUGUUUAACGACGGACCUCUGCGGCAUCAAAUGGAGGAAGCUCGUGUGGGGCGAAGUAGCCGGCGGUUUCGGGGGAACCCCCCUCGAGGACCCGGUGCUCUCGAGCUUCUCGCGGUGCCUCGCGGGUGACAUUCUCUGCGUGUGGCGGCGUGUCGCCGCUACGCCGGCCACCUCCGGCCCGGCAACCGCCUCGGCAACCGGAGCUGGUAUCUUCGACCUGGGCAUCGCACCCUCGCCCGCACCUUCCCUUUCCCUCACCGCCGCGAAGGAACUCUGGAUCUUCUGGUACGGCGAGGAACCCGAUCUCUCCGGUCUCGUGUCACCAGAACUCAUUGCGUGUGAAAGUGAACAAGGUUCUUGGGAAAGCGGAUUAUCAUACGAGUGCCGGUCACUUCUUUUCAAGGCUCUGCAUAACUUGAUAGAACGGUGCUUACUAUCUCGUGAUUUCGUUCGCUUAGGAAAGUGGUUCGUACAACCUUAUGAUGGAUUCGAGAAACACCGUUGCAGUAGUAGUCACUUGUCGUUCUCGUUUGCAUUCUUUGUUCACGGAGAGAGCACUGUAUGCGCGAGCGUGGAUGUCAGGCAGCACCCUGCCGUACGGCAUCUCACGAGAACUUGUUUGCAACGCACCCAAACCUCCCAAUCUGGCGUUAAAGUGAUUCUAGCUCCUUACGGACUAGCAGGCACGUUAACCGGUUCAGUGGGACGGACCGACAGUCAACUUCUCGAAGAAUGGAAACACUUUUAUCCGAUCAAUGGCAGUAACGUCGAGGCAGGACUACCGCCUCUGGUGGAAGUGCUAGUUGGCGGUGUUCGAAUGCGUUAUCCUUCUUGUUAUGUCCUGGUCACAGAUAUGGACGACACUCCACCUGAUGCUCCUCUUUCUCCGCCAAAUAGCCCUGCUAGUUGCGAACACCCUCUCUUAGGUCAGCAAGAAUUGCGAGCAGCUACCGAAUUACCAGAACGCGUAUGGGCUGAAUGUACUUUGAGUUCGCCGAUCUCUGCUUCCAAGACAGAAUCUUCCACAGAGCCUGGAACCUGGACGUACAUCGAUCCAACGCAAAAGUCUUCCUGUACCUGUUCCAAGUAUACGACCCCCGGGGGUUGGAAGAGCCUGGCCUCCUCUCAGGUUCAGAGGGAGAGAGUAGAUAAAGGUGGACGGAGGGUCGUACCGUUUCAUCGACGCUCUACCACCCAGUGGGAUGCUUGCCCCUCUGUCCCUGCUAAUGCCCCCAGGUCUGUGUUGAACAGAACAGAAGCGCCAAGUACACCGCCGGGAGGGCCUCCUUCUUAUUCGAGGGGACCACCAACAGGAGGAGAUUGUCUACCAGUACCAUCGGUUGGCUCGCCAGGUUCCCCAGCACCUUCGCCUCUUCCAACUCCACAUUCCGAGCCAGCAUCGGUUCCACCAGCAGAGCCAACAAUGCCUACUCUCAGUCCUCAACCACCACCCAGUCACCCAAAUACUGCCCCACCGUUAACACCAUCUCAAGGGCCAAAGUCAACCUCUUCUGCAUGCAAUAACCAAGUACAUAGUCCAGCACCUGGACCAACAUUAAAACGACCAGUUUUAGCCUCUAGAGAAUGUGAGGAUAUAUAUUUAGAAAACGAACAGUCGUUACCUUGGCUAUACGAUUAUUCGACGCAAGAAGCAUGGCUCAAUCAUCCUGUGAAACGUUUUAAGGAAUCGAAUAACAGUCCGGUUAACGUGCGGAGUAACACAUUGUAUCCACCGAUGAAUUCUCAGGCUCCACAAUCUCAGACUCCAAAAUUAGAAAUUAAGCAAGAACCAAAUGUCGGUGUUGGAGAUUGCAUUGGAAGAAGAUCGGAUCCUUACGAGUUUGACGCGACAGGUGAAGAAAACGGUACAAACGUCGAUGGACUUAGACGGCAAAGGGAGGAUCCUACCAAGCCGGGAUCUUUAUAUACCAGCGAAGGUCUUCAGGCAUCCUAUAAAGACUUAGACCAAAUUUUUGACAAUUCCGAUCCUGAUACUUCUAGCGACGAAACUAACAUGAACCAGCCUCAAGUACAAACCCCGCCGGAGUCGAAUAGAUCCAGUGGAUUACACGAAGAAACUAGAGUAGACGCGAACAACAGACACAAUAACAGAGGUGUAGGAGUGUUAAGACCAGAAGAACUUUCAAAAAUGUUUCCUACACCACCGUCACUCGAGCAUAAUCCGGUUGCUUCGCCUUGCCCGUUAAGCGACCCAUUGAUGGACCAGACGGAACUUUCUGUACCUCAACGACCACUCAGGCAUCUCCCUGACAUCUAUCCAAACAUGGGAUCCCCUCAAGAAGAGCCAAUCGACGAUUGGUCGUACGUGUUCAAACCGGCGGCGAUCUGUAAAAUGGUUGGUUCUUCCAAGUAUGCUCCUUUAACAAAUUUACCCAGCCAAUCUUUACCGCCCGUUACACUGCCGUCGCACUGCGUGUACAGACCUUCUUGGCAGUGCAAUCCUACUUCCAACAAUACAGAUAAACCGCUACCGCCAACCAGACCUGGCUCGGUUCAGCAACAACCACCGCCAAGCCCGGCGCCAUUAGGAGCGCCGUAUCGCUCGGCGACCAUCACCGGACGACCACCGCCGCCGCCGUACGACCAACCGAGUCCUGCAACCUCGACCACUUCGUCGUAUUUGAACAAAAACCUGAACAGUAUUGAGGCGGACACGCCGGGGCCCGCACGUGCACCGGAAUCGAACUCUCUUAUAGUGAAUAUCCUAUUGGGCGAUACAGCGCUCAACAUUUUUCGCGACCACAAUUUCGACAGUUGCAGCCUUUGCGUGUGUAACGCGGGUCCUAAAGUCGUCGGGAACAUCAAAGGCGCUGAUGCCGGGGUGUAUCUGACCCACUCGUGGUCGGCCGGUGCUUUGUACCAGGACGACGAUCAGAUCAGAUGCAGCUGCGGAUUUAGCGCGGUUGUGAAUCGACGGUUGGCACACAAAGCUGGUCUCUUCUUCGAGGACGAGAUGGAGAUCACCGGGAUCGCCGAGGAUCCCUCGGAGAAGAAGAAAGCGUCGUUGGUAGCUGUCGCGUGCGGUGGUGGGAAAACAUCGGAAGGUUUAGACGCGAUACCGCCUAACGUGUUAGAAUUACUCAGAGAACAAUGUCUGAUCGUGCAGAGUUCCGCGAGCAGCCUGUACAGAGCGUCUAGGAUCUACGCGGCGAUGAAGAGUUACCCGAUGCUCGCGCCAACAGUGAAUACCCUCGAGUUCAACGACGGGAACGAAGUGUCGUUGGCGGCCCUCGAUCAGGGUAAAAUCGACGGUACCCAUAACGAGAGGACUAAUCGCGUGAACGGUGUGCAUCGAUGGGUGUUCCUCAGAGCUAAAGGUCCUCAGUGUAGUGGUGAUAUCGUAAGAAUGAUGAGGGCUCUGCAACCUCUGUUGCAAGACGCUGUACAGAAGAAAUGUACCACGCGUAUGUGGGAGGCACCGUACACCGUUGCGGGUCCUCUUACCUGGAGGCAGUUCCAUCGUUUAGCCGGACGCGGUACCGACGAUCGCUGCGAACCUCAACCGAUACCCGCGUUGGUUGUCGGUUACGAUCGCGACUGGCUAUCCUUGUCUCCUUACGCGUUGAGCUAUUGGGAAAAAUUACUUCUGGAACCAUACGCCGGGCCCAGGGACGUCGCCUACGUGGUCGUCGCUCCGGACAGCGACUGUGUCGUCAAUAAAGUGAAAUCGUUUUUCCGUGAACUAUCAACCACGUACGAAAUCUGUCGGCUAGGAAGGCAUACACCUAUCUCGAAAGCACUGCGCGAUGGCAUUCUUCGCGUAGGGAAAUCAUCCGUGCAGAAGCAAACAAAACAACCUAUAGACGACUGGUUUAAACUUUUAGGAGAGAAUCAAUUGGGAGAACUGUUGCGAUUAUACGCUCAAGUCUGUAAUCAUCGAUUAGCCCCGUAUUUAACGCAAGUUAUACAAGAUCGAAGUUUGUUAGAUCCUGGAGAUUCGCAGGCGAUCAAUAAGCAACAACAACAGCAAACUAUACCUGUUACCGACACGAUGCCUGCCACGCCUGACGUAAUGACCACCAAACCUGAAUCUGUUGAGGGAGAAAAUCCCAGAAGCGAAACUCCAUCGUCGAACACCGCAACAAAUACAAAUUCUAAUACCGGUAAUACGACACCAACUUCUCAAACUGCCACGAUACCCACUAAUACCACGUCGGGUCCAGACGAAGAGGAAGUCGAACCUCCGGCUGUCGUUGUUUAUCUAGUAGAACCGUUCUCCCUAGGAGGCCCCGAAGAUCCUGAUCGUCGAAGACUCGCAAUUCUAGCAUUGUUACGUGCAUACUCGGCCGCGGUCAAUAGUAUGCCUGAAAACAUUAGGUCGAAUAUCAACGUUCAGUUAAUAUCCUUGGAAAGUAUAAUGGAGUUAGGGCGAGCUAGGGAAAGGCGCAAGAUACAGGACGAGAUGAGAGCCUUAGCUUUAAACGUGUUUCUGCAGGGUCGACGAUUGUUGAACCAUAACUCCACGGUAAAAAGUCUAACCGGCUUUGGUACCGCUGCUGCCGCGGAUCUUUUCCUUAAGAGUAAAGACUCUUGUCGUAAUACUGUUGCAACUAUACAUCAGGAACGGAAUCGAGCACCGUACCGACUGUACGCACCCGCCUACGUGUUGGCCCCGCUACGGGCCAAGAGCGAAGCACCGGAAUCGUUUGGGAUCGCCGGACCGGAGGAAUGCGCUGUUCUUUAUCUUAGCUACUGCCUAAGUGAGGAUCAAUCUUGGUUACUCGCAGUCGCUACCGACGACAGAGGCGAGAUAUUCGAAACGGCUACCAUCAACAUCGACAUACCGAACAGGAAGAGAAGGAAACGCGCCUCGGCCAGACGAAUCGGAUUGCAAAAGUUAAUGGAUUUCAUACUUGGAGUGAUGUCCCAAGGUGUAAGUGUACAACCGUGGAGGUUAGUAGUAGGUCGCGUGGGUCGGAUCGGUCAUGGAGAAUUGAAAGGUUGGAGUUGGUUGUUAUCUAGAAAAGCCCUUUUAAAAGCUUCGAAACAUCUGAAGGAAAUAUGCGGCCAGUGUAGUCUUCUUUAUCCGUCGGCGGCACCUUGCGUGCUUAGCGCCUGUUUAGUUUCCCUUGAACCAGAUUCCACUCUUAGGCUGAUGGCUGACCAAUUCACACCCGAUGAGAGAUUUAGCCAGGCGUCGGUAAACUGCCAAUUAUCCACACCACAAGACGUUACAUGUACUCAUAUUCUCGUCUUUCCCACAUCUGCUACCACUCAGUCAUCACAGACUGCAUUUCAAGAGCAACACAUUAACGGACCAGAAUUAGGAGACGAUGAACUAUUCUCAGCGCUGAACGAUGAUAUGCCCGAAGGUAUAGAAGGUAUGGGAGACUUCAACGAUAUCUUCAGUGUGUGGCCGGAGGCUGGCGCUGGUGGAGGACAGAGCCCUGGUGGUAGUCCGCAUCGUCCCGAAGGAUCCCCACUGGGUGGAGAUGGUGGUGGAUCGGGUUUAGGAAAUCACGAUGGUCCUGGUAGUCCGUUUCCGUGUAGCAACACACCAAGAGUAGCAGUUGCUGAACAGGCAGAGGAAGUUGGAACGCUAUUACAGCAACCACUUGCUCUUGGUUAUCUAGUAUCUACUGCACCGACGGGACGAAUGCCACCAUGGUUUUGGUCAGCUUGUCCUCAUCUUGAGGGUGUUUGCCCCGUGUUCUUGAAGAAUGCCUUACAUUUGCAUAGUCCAGCAAUACAGCAGAAUAGUGACGAUCUGUUGCAACAACAAAGUGCGCUCACUGCUCAUCCAUUAGACUCGCAGUAUACCACCGAUGUGCUCAGAUACGUACUGGAGGGAUACAAUGCAUUAUCGUGGCUCGCAGUGGAUGCGAACACGAAGGAUCGUCUAUCCUGCUUACCAGUGCACGUGCAAGCGCUCAUGCAGCUCUACCAUGCGGCGGCAGCUCUCGUCUGACCCACACCCUCUUUCUUCGUAGUGCAGUAUGUGCACCUCUUUCACGCACUCCUUUACCAAUACCGUCACUUGGGGCUUUACGAGAGCAACUGGUUUCCUACAUCCGUCUUCAACUGUAUAUUAGAGACCCCUCAGCUUCUCUGGAUAACCGGGAAAGAACGAUCCUUCGAUUAAAGAUCCUCCGAAUGCGUAACUCGGGUUCUCUUUUUUUCUUUUUUCACCUCGCGACUUAGUAAUACAGACCCGAUAGUUAAAGUUUUUCUAUUUCUGUAAUUUAAUAGGUGGAGAAAAAAAAAGAAAAAGAAACGAAUGGAUUGUACUUUAUGUUUUACCAAUAAUCACAACGAUUAUCGACCAUAUAUAAUUGCCGCAUACCAAAAUGGAGUCUGACGAGAAUGAAAGUUAAAUGUUGCAUGCGAGAGACUGAGAGAACUAAAGAGAGAGAUGCGUGUAAAAAAAACGGGGAAACAAAAUAAGAGAGCGCGUUAAAAGAAGUUUACCUUUCGAUUGCCUCUCUAUCGGUAGAUAGUUCAAUUACGAAUCAGAAUCUCUAGAAAAUUACGUAACCAAAACGUUUUUAAUUGUAAAUUGAAUUUUGUACAAAGCUUUUAUUAUUAAUAACGACGAAGUAAUAUAAAAUGAUAUUACGUUGUUUUUUAAUUUUAUAUAGAUGAUAUAAAUGAGAAGAAGAACGGAAAGGGAGGCGAUACUUCUUUUUUACAAGUAAACGAAAAAAAAAAAUAUGAAAUGCCUCGUACAAGCCCCUGGUGUGAGAUAAGUACGACAAUUAUUAUAAUAUUAUAAUUAUAUUAUGCUCCGCGCGGCACUGGGUCACUGUUAUCAUGUUUCCUGGACCCGUUAGCGCAAUUUUUCGAUGCUGUUUGACAAAUUUUAUUCGAAUUAGGUGACCUCUAUAUAUUAUACAUACAUUAAUAGUGUAAAAUAUUGUUUUUAAAUAAUUUAUCAAAUGAGAGACAUCGCCGAGAUGAUAAUUAGAUAAUUGAGAAUGAGCUGAGGGAUGAAAAAAAAAGCGGAGAACACAGAGGGUUUGUUCCUGCUGCAAUUUAGGAA